AUUGCGCUCAAGCUCCAGUCUUCGCUUGCAGCCGAAGGAGUAAGGUGCGCAAAAAGUAGGCUUACCGUUGCAUGCACUUGUCACUGAACGCAACUUCUAGCAACAAGACGCUACAUGGAUAUAUAAUAUUUGCAACUGUUCCAGUUGCAUUUUGAGGAAAGUAAACGAACGGAGAGACAAACUGACAGCAGCCCAUACACGAGCACUGACUUCAGAGAUUGUUCCACGAGAGAUAAAAGUAGCAGGUGUGCGGAGCCAUGCCCUGCGUCCAGGCUCAGUAUGGGACAUCACCACCAGGAGCCAGCCCUGCAUCUCAAAGUUACAGUUACAACACCACAGGAGAGUACAAUUGCGACUUCUUAACACCGGAGUUUGUCAAGUUUAGCAUGGACCUGACUAACGCAGAAAUAGCUGUCACUUCUUCGCUGCCCAGUUUUAGCACCUUUGUUGACACCUACAGUUCCAGCUACGACGUGAAGCCUCCGUGCCUCUACCAAAUGUCCCACUCUGGGGAUCAGCUGUCCAUCAAAGUGGAGGAGAUACCUUCACACAGCUACCAUCAGCAGCAUCAUCAGCCGCACCAAACUGAGGAGAGCAUGCCCCAUACUGGACCUAUAUACUAUAAACAGUCUUCCCCAAACAUCACCCCAUCACCCAGUUUCCCAGCACCUCCGCACCACACGUGGGACGAAAGCGGAUCCCUUCACAGUUUUCAUCAGAACUAUCUGGCGACUUCUCACAUGAUAGACCAACAGCGUAAAAACGCAAUGUCUCGGUUGUUCUCGUUCAAGCAGUCUCCUGUUGAUACACCGAUGUCAAGCUGCCAGAUGCGCUUCGAUGGAUCUCUCCAUGUGGCCAUGGGCCCGGACACCCAGGGUGCCCAUCGCGCACUGGAGAGUUUUGCUGUACCGGCACCUCCGAGGAAACAGCACGGUUUGGCUCUAUCUCAUUCUCUUAACGUCGGUCACGGACACCCGUUACUUGAAAGCCCGGGAGCCUCACCCCAGUCUCGGGGAUCGCCUUCUAGUGAAGGAUUGUGCGCUGUGUGCGGGGACAACGCAGCAUGUCAGCACUACGGAGUGCGCACCUGCGAGGGGUGCAAAGGGUUCUUUAAGCGCACGGUGCAGAAAAACGCCAAAUACGUUUGUCUGGCCAACAAAAACUGUCCUGUGGAUAAAAGGCGGCGAAAUCGAUGCCAGUAUUGCCGCUUUCAAAAGUGCCUGGUCGUGGGAAUGGUAAAGGAAGUCGUCAGAACAGCCAGUUUAAAAGGUCGGAGGGGUCGUCUGCCGUCCAAACCUAAAAGCCUGCAGGAUAUCCCGGUCUGUAUGACACCUGUCAACCUCCUGAACGCACUAGUGAGGGCACACAUAGACUCCAACCCCUCUAUGGCCCGACUGGACUAUUCAAAAUUCCAGGCGAGCCCUGAGUAUCACAGUGGAGAUGAAUCUCUGCACAUUCAGCAGUUCUACGAUCUCCUCACCGCUUCCAUGAGCAUCAUUCGCGUAUGGGCCGAGAAAAUUCCCGGUUUCUCUGACCUGCCCAAAUGCGACCAGGAGCUGCUUUUCGAGUCAGCAUUCCUUGAACUUUUCGUGCUGCGUCUGGCUUAUAGAUCCAACCUGGCUGAGGAUAAACUUAUUUUUUGCAACGGAGUGGUUUUACACAAGCUGCAGUGCGUGCGGGGCUUUGGAGAGUGGAUCGACUCCAUCUUUGACUUUUCUUCCAACCUUCAGAGCAUGAACAUAGAUGUCUCUGCCUUCUCCUGCAUAGCUGCUCUCACCAUAGUAACAGAGAGACAUGGACUAAAAGAACCCAAGAGAACAGAGGAACUUCAAAACAAGCUAGUAAACUGUCUGAAGGAUCAGGUGUCCUGCAGUGCCGAAUUGUCUAAACUGUUAGAGAAGCUGCCCGAGGUGCGCGCGCUUUGCACGCAGGGAUUGCAGCGCAUCUUUUACUUGAAACUCGAGGAUUUGGUUCCCACGCCAGCGAUCAUUGACAAACUUUUUCACGAUACGCUGCCCUUCUGAACAAUUUUCUGAACUGCUACAGAUUCAUAAAACCCGUAUGAUUCCUCAAUGAAUGUGUUGGAAAUUGGCGGAUUGCAUUUUCCAGGUCUGGCGGGCGUGCUGUCUGGAGACACACGUGAACGAUGCUGUUUAAGAUAUUCGCAGAGGAAAUAAUAUCAACAGAAUAUUUAAAUAUUCAAACCAUUGCAAAGAGAAGAACUGUGUGGAAAAAGGACUAUUCUUAUGCCUGUUUAAAAUGUAUUCAGUUAUACACUGAAAUAAAUGCAGUGUGGUGGAAGUGUUUUUGUAUUGUUACACGUCAUAUAGCUCGUUUAUGUUGAUACUUGCAAAAUCAUUUAUAUACAACUUCUACAAUGCAAGAUGUAAUGAAUUACGGAAGCAAAAUCAUGGUAGGCCUACUUUAACCUCUAGCUUUUAAGCAUUCUGCAUUAUAGUAUAUAAAGAUUGUCUGGGUGUAGGGUGAUUUUUGAAAGUCUAUCUGCAACAUUUGUGGACAACCAACUUUGAUCAAAAUGGAUACAUGCAAACUUACAGAGCACGUUUUGUUUCAAGUUUUAUGUAUAGUGAAUUAAACUGUUAUUAAGAUAUGAACCGCUUUUUUACAGUUUAGGAGGUAUGCAUGGAAUUCUUUAUGAGCUAUUAACUACUCCAGCACUUUCUAUUAUUUUCAUAUUGAAAUAAUGUCCAUUAAGUUUACAUGCGAAUGGUUUUAAAUUCAUAACAUUAUGCUUAUAAAUAUUUAGAUCAUUUUCUACGAUGUAUUGUUUUUGCAUUGCAUUCUGUAUUAAGCUUUUCCCAUCUAGUACAUUCAUAAAUAAAUCUAACUAUUAUA